GCAGCAACCCUGACUAUCACCGAAUCGCACGACGCACUUUUGCCCAGCUCCACUCGGCUCGUCUCUCAAAUCACCCAUCCAUUUCUGUUGUCAAAGCGAUUCCACGAAUUGCGCCAGGAACUCGCGACAAUGCUCAUCCCCAAGGCCGACCGCAAGAAGAUCCACGAGUACCUCUUCCGUGAGGGUGUGCUCGUGGCCAAGAAGGACUUCAACCUUCCCAAGCACAAUGACAUCGACACCAAGAACCUCUAUGUCAUCAAGGCUCUUCAGUCCCUGAACUCGCGCGGUUUCGUCAAGACCCAGUUCUCGUGGCAGUACUACUACUACACCCUGACUCCCGAGGGUCUCGACUACCUCCGCGAGUGGCUGCACCUCCCCGCCGAGGUUGUGCCCGCCACCCACAUCAAGCAGCAGCGCUCGCACGCUCCCCCGCGCGGCAUGAUGAGCGGCGGUGAUGACCGUGAGCGUCGUCCCCGUGCUCCCCGUGAGGGUGGCCGUGAGGGUGGUUACCGCCGCCGCGAGGAGGGUGGUAAGGAGGGCGGUGCUCCCGGCGAGUUCGCUCCUUCUUUCCGUGGUGGCUUCGGCCGCGGCCGUGGCGCUCCCCCUCCUAAGGGUAGUCACCUUGGUGUCCUGUCAUCCUCUGCUCGGUCGUCCUGGGGUUUUUCUCUGAGGUGCGGUCCGGAGUAG